AUGCGACCAAGGUCUGACAUGACAGAAGAAUGUGACGUCUGCCUUGUAGAGGCGCGUUCCUAUUUGGUCCUUCAGAACAGCGGGGGAAGCGUCAAACAGACAACUCAGAGCAAAGACAGAGCCCCAUGUCCCACAGACGAGGGCAAGGGUGAUGGCAUGGCACAGAACUACCCACCAGACCCGGACCAAGCAACAGAAGAGGGAGCAGCCAAGGAAGCAGGAGGAUUACAGGGAAUCGUGGUCAUGGGAGGAAAUCCUGGCGGGAGAAGGUCCGUGGCGAAGGAACGAAGCCCACAGGUGCGUGUAUCCAGUCUGGCUCCUCCGAAGUCAGCACCGCGCACCAGGCUUCCCGAGCGGCAGCCUAGUCCAGCUCGACCUAUUCCGGCUCCCCGCACAAGCCUACAGGUGCGUGUAUCCAGUCUGGCACCUCCGAAGCCAGCACAGCGCACCAGGCUUCCCGAGCGGCAGCCUAGUCCAGCUCGACCUAUCCCUGCUCCCCGCACAAGCCUACAGGUGCGUGUGUCUAGUCUGACUCCCCCGAAGCCAGCACCACGCACCAGGCUCCCAGUGCGGCAGCCCAGCCUAACUCGUCCUACUCUUGCCCCUAGCACUAGCCCUGAGGUACGUGGGCCUAGUCCGGCGUCCCCUACGCCAGCCCCACGUACCAGGCCUUCAGUGCACGCGCCUCGCCCAGAUGGCACAGCGACAGCGUCUCGCCCAGAGUGCCCAGCGACAGCGCCUAACCCAGAGUGGCAGACAACAGCGUCUCAGUCAGAGUGCCCGACAACAGUGCCUCAGCCCGAGUGUCCAGCACCUAUGCCCGAGAGAGAAGUGGCCCACAGUCCACGGCCAGAGUCACACGACAGUCCAGUGCAACCAGAGUCGCCCGUAGCGAGGAUCCCAAGUCCGAGGUCGACAAAGAGGGACCUCGCCCCAGAGUCUGCCAAGAAGAGGGGUGAGCAAGUGGCGGAGCGAGGGAUACGUUCCGCUCCAGAGCCACCUCCGUAG